AUGAGUAAAAGUACCGAACUAUUGAAGAGCAAAAAAAUGAUUAUUGUGGGAGGAUCUUCUGGUCUUGGCCGUUCAUUAGCUGCUGCUGUGCUUGCUCACGGUGCUUCUGUGGUAAUAGCCUCUUCGUCGCAAGAGAAGGUGAAUGCUGCUCUUGAGAAACUGAAGCAAGAGGUACCACCUGCGCCAAACGCCACCAUUACUGGCCAGGCCGUCGACCUUAAAGAUUUUACUGCACUCAAGGAAUUUUUGAGAAUGAAGGGCCGUUCGAUCAUUUUGUAA